GCAAGUUGAACUCGUGUUCAAAUUAAAUUCUGCUGAAAUUGGGUGGAAUUGACGUUGGUUUUGUUUGUUAAAGUUACGAAUGUGGAAAGAAGGUUAUGAAAGGUCAACAGGAGUGUGUUUUUCGUGUUUAGUCAGUAAAAGGGCCCGUCAAGGACGUUCGUUUGGUUCGUUGAGUAAAAAACAAACGGUUGUUCUUCGAGCGCUUGUGAUAUUCGGUAGUAAAAAAUGUGCAAACCGGGCAAUUAAACUUUACAACUGAUUAAAAAUGUAAACAAAUGACGAAAGUUCCAUUGUGACAAUGUCGCGCGUCGGUUCAAGUGAAAACUGUGUGCACUUGUUUGUGGUGUGACUUUUUUAAGUGUUUGAAAUAAUAAUUUGAUAAAUUACUACAUUUAGUAUGGAUAUAUAUAUGUUUCUCAAUAAUUCGGUUUAUUCUACAGAAAGAUAUUACAACUUAAAGGAAGAGCUAAUUAUGUAGGCAACUUGUAGCUCAGCAAAGAAUUAACUAGUAAAACAUUUCUUUACAAACAAAAACAAAUGUCAUCCUUCAUGAGUCAAGCAAAAUUGUGACAUAAAUGAAUGAUAUAGGCUUUAUCAAAGUUCGAAACGGUUCAGAAAAUAUUUCUUCCUACCAGGAAGGUAUUAAACGGUAUUAAACUGUAUAAUUAAAUAACCGCAGUUGAAGACUUCGAGUGAUAUGGCCAAUCGGUUACGUCGCAAAUUGGAUAACCCCAACUUCUGAUAAAUAUAAAAAUAAAUUAAGGUUAAGUUUCAAAAAUGCAUUACUGCCCCCCAAAUAUCACCUUCUCACAAGUGUGGGUUAAUCAUGGCACAACCCAAUGUUUCAUGGAUACAAUAUCACCUGCUAUAAUAGCAGGAUUUAUCCUUAUAGCAGGUUCAAUACAACUAUUUAUAUAUAAGAAAUAUGGAACUGUUGUGUCCCCAAGUCAAUUACACAAAUCGAAAUUGUAUAAUGCCCAAAUCUUUUUCACACUCUUUAUACCAGUCCUUGAGAUUACUAGGUUUAUUUUGCAAGCCACGGUUAUUAAUGAUAAAACUGUUUAUGGUUACAUGAUACUAUCCCUUAUUCUGACGUCGUUUAUGUAUCCAUUUUCUUUGUUAGUUGUUAAGUAUGAGAGAAAGUAUUUGUUGCCUUCAAUACCUACACGUGGGCAUGGGCUAAUCCUCCUGAUAUUUUGGACUCUUAUAUUUAUAUCAGAAAAUUUAGCAUUUGUUAAUUUAGGACAGAAGAACUGGUGGUUUGGAUUAAGAAACUUAUCAGAUCAAAUAGAGAUGUCAUUGUUUGUGUUGAGGUACAUUUCUUGCCUGAUAAUUUUUGUGUUAGGGCUGAAAGCUCCUGGAAUCAUUGGGGAGACAGAUUACUUCAGACUGAAUGACUCUACAGGAAAUAUUAAUCUUCCUAGAACUUCCCAGAAUGAUAAUCAGUCAACAUGGAGAAACUUUUGGAAAAAAAUCAGAACUUUGGCCCCAUUUUUGUGGCCAAAGAAGUCUCUGCUCCUCCAGUUACGAGUAAUUUUUUGUUUUAUUCUUCUCACUGGUGGAAGGAUUAUCAAUCUUUAUGUACCCAUUUAUAAUAAAUUGAUAGUGGACAGCAUGACAGUGAGUUCCAUGGUGUUUAGAUGGGACUUAAUUCUUACGUAUGUGGCCUUUAAAUUCUUGCAAGGGGGUGGAACGGGGGGCAUGGGACUGUUAAAUAAUCUUAGGUCGUUUUUAUGGAUAAGAAUUCAACAGUAUACGACAAGAGAAAUAGAAGUUUCUUUAUUUAAACACUUGCAUAGUCUGUCUUUACGAUGGCAUUUGAACAGGAAAACGGGGGAAGUCCUACGUGUAAUGGACAGGGGAACUGAUAGUAUUAAUAAUUUACUGAAUUAUAUCCUUUUUUCUAUACUACCUACAAUAAUAGACAUUAUAAUUGCUGUUGCCUAUUUUGUUGCCGUCUUUAAUGGUUGGUUUGGACUUAUAGUCUUUGUUACAAUGACUUUAUACAUAGCUUUGACUAUAGUUGUAACUGAAUGGCGAACAAAAUACCAAAGACGAAUGAAUUUGGCUGACAAUGCUACAAGAGCUCGAAGCGUAGACUCAUUACUCAAUUUUGAAACUGUUAAGUAUUAUGGGGCCGAACAGUAUGAAGUGGAGGCCUUUAGGGACGCAGUUUUAAAUUUUCAGGAUGAAGAGUGGAAAAGUAUUGUUACAUUAAACAUUUUAAAUACAGUCCAAAAUAUCAUAAUAUGUGGCGGUCUUUUGGCUGGUAGUCUUCUCUGUGUAUUCUUAGUGGUAAAUAAGGACGGUCUAACCGUUGGAGACUAUGUUCUCUUUGCCAGUUACAUAAUCCAACUUUAUGUUCCCUUAAACUGGUUUGGAACAUACUAUCGGGCAAUACAAAAAAAUUUUGUUGACAUGGAGAACAUGUUUGAUCUUUUAAGAGAAGAACAGGAAGUAAUUGAUGCCCCAGGCGCUGGACCGCUCAACGUUAAGGGAGCCACUAUUGAAUUUAAUAAUGUGACAUUUGGCUACAUUCCUGAAAGGAUUGUGCUGAAAAAUGUCACGUUUAGGGCACCUGCUGGAAAAACUGUAGCUUUGGUUGGACCUUCGGGCAGCGGCAAAAGUACGAUAAUUAGAUUGUUGUUUAGAUUUUAUGAUGUUGAGACGGGGUCUAUAGUUAUUGAUGGACAAAAUAUAAAAACUGUGACACAAGAGUCCCUCCGAAGGGCAAUAGGUGUUGUCCCUCAGGACACCGUACUCUUUAAUAAUACCAUCAAAUAUAACAUCAAAUAUGGACGACUAUCAGCGACCGAUGCUGAUGUUAUUCAAGCAGCAAAGAGUGCAAACAUUCAUGAGAGGAUUUUAACUUUUCCAGAUGGUUAUGAGUCUGUGGUGGGUGAAAGGGGUUUAAAAUUAAGUGGUGGUGAGAAACAAAGGGUAGCAAUAGCCAGAACGAUCCUGAAAGCUCCGGCUAUAGUUCUUUUAGACGAGGCGACUAGCGCUUUGGACACUGAAACCGAAAGAAAUAUUCANUAAACUAGAUGCUUACAUGAACACUGUCUUAGCACUACAAUCAUUGUGGCGCACAGAUUGUCUACAAUAAUUCAUGCAGACGAAAUUAUAGUUUUAAAGGAUGGGGAAAUUGUAGAAAGGGGAAAACACGAACACUUAAUUGGUCAGGAAGGUGUUUAUUCGAACAUGUGGAAGCAGCAAUUGGACAAUAAAGAAGCAAGUUCUGUUGAGACAAGUAUUGAGAAGAGCCUAGAAGACUCCACGAACAUAAAAUAAAGCGCUUCUCAGUAUCACUCAUAAUUAAUUUAAUUAAUUGUUUUGUUUAUUAUUUUUGUUUUUGCCUGUUGAAUGAAGUAGACGUAUAAAUAGAUCAUCUUAGAAAUCCAAUUAAAAGAAAUUCAAAUAUU